GCUCAUAGGGGAGGGACAAGUGAAGUGAAGUUCGGAUAGGAUCAGGAAGGAGCGCACCGGCACAGCGAGACAGACUGCACCAGGGGAGAGAGAGACGCACGUAUUUCAUGUUAUUUCUUCCAUCUAUCUCAUCGAUUGAACCGACAGAGUUCCUUCAGAAGGAAAGUGAAGAGGAUCCCCGAACGACACGGGGAAGACAUGCAGCCGGCGGCGAGAUGGACUUUGCUGUUUCUUCUCAUGUGUUUGAUGGCGCAAGGCUGUUUUUCAUCCAAGGGAGAGGACCGGUUGUUCAGGAAACUGUUCAGAAGAUAUAACCAGUUCAUCAGACCAGUGGAGAAUGUGUCUGACCCCGUCACUGUGGAGUUUGAGGUCUCCAUCUCGCAGCUGGUCAAAGUUGAUGAGGUGAAUCAGAUCAUGGAAACUAAUUUAUGGCUCAGACAUAUUUGGAAUGACUACAAGCUGCGGUGGAUACCGGCAGAGUUUGACGGGAUUGAGUUCAUUAGAGUUCCAUCAAACAAGAUCUGGAGACCUGACAUUGUGCUCUACAACAAUGCUGUAGGUGAUUUCUUGGUGGAGGAUAAAACCAAGGCUCUCCUGAAGUUUGAUGGUACCAUCACCUGGGUUCCUCCAGCUAUUUUCAAAUCCUCCUGCCCCAUGGACAUUACCUACUUCCCCUUUGACUAUCAGAACUGCUCCAUGAAGUUUGGCUCCUGGACGUAUGACAAAGCCAAGAUAGACCUGGUACUUAUUGGGUCCAAGGUGAACCUGAAAGACUUCUGGGAGAGUGGUGAAUGGGAAAUCAUUGACGCUCCAGGCUACAAGCAUGAUAUCAAAUACAACUGCUGUGAAGAGAUCUACCCUGACAUCACCUACUCCUUCUACAUCCGACGCCUGCCACUCUUCUACACCAUCAACCUCAUCAUCCCCUGCCUCCUCAUCUCUUUCCUCACAGUGCUGGUUUUCUAUCUCCCGUCUGACUGCGGAGAGAAGGUCACGCUCUGUAUCUCUGUCCUGCUCUCCCUCACUGUGUUCCUGCUCGUUAUCACGGAGACCAUCCCCUCCACGUCGCUGGUCAUCCCGCUCAUUGGAGAGUACCUGCUCUUCACAAUGAUCUUUGUCACACUCAGCAUCGUCAUCACUGUGUUCGUGCUGAAUGUACACUACCGCACACCAAUGACCCACACUAUGCCGGGUUGGGUGCGCUCUGUGUUUCUCAAAGUGCUGCCGAGGAUUAUGCUGAUGCGGAGGCCAAUUGAUGAAGACAGCAAGGCUGGGGGGUUGGGCAGCAGUGGGGAGGCAGGAGGAGCUGGAGCGGGAGGAGGAGGCGGAGGAGGGAAAGGAGGGAAGCAAAGGAAGAAUAGCUUGAUGCAGCAGGUUGGAGGAGGCUCCAUCAACUGCCUGGAGUUUGGAGACAGUAAGCUCUCAUCCUUGGAGGGUUGCACUGGGAAGAAAUGCCCUUGCCCCUGCCAGCAUGGGAAGGAGGCCCCAGAAACACCAGACAUGGGGAAGAUGACAUGUCAGCUGAGUCCUCAGAGCAUCAACACAGUGGUGGCUUUUUCUGUGGUGUCGCCUGAGAUCAAACAGGCCAUCGAGAGCGUCAAGUACAUAGCUGAGAACAUGAGAAGUCGCAACAAGGCCAAAGAGGUGGAGGAUGACUGGAAGUACGUUGCCAUGGUGAUCGAUAGAAUCUUCCUUUGGGUGUUUGUGACCGUGUGCGUCCUGGGAACUGUGGGCCUCUUCCUCCAGCCUCUUUGUGGCUUUGUCUCAUAACUGCUAACCGAUCAGGGUUCACCGCCACCCUGUGUCAACCACUCCUGAACAAGCAACUAACAGUUCUUAGUUGACCAGUUUUGAGUCCUAAAGCAUUAUUCGGUGUGCUGGUUUUGCUUCUUGCCUUUUGCAGAGAGUAGUAAUUCAGAAAUAAUGAAGGCGAGGAAAAAGUUUUCAGACUGGCCACUAAUUUGCAUUUGCAACAAAGACAAAAGUUGUAAUGUCUUAAUUUCAUGCCUUUUAAGGCUACUUUCAUUCUGCCUUUAAACUUCCCAGAAAGCAUGAGAAUAAUGCAUUAUCUACAAAGUGUGUUAUUACAGCUUAUUUUGAAUAUUCAUAGUUCUUAGUUCACAGGAAUUGAAAUUAUCUCUAAUUUGAUAGAUUUGUCAGAGAAUUCUGGGCUCCAGAGUGUGUCUCUGUUUUGCAGCUACUACAAAAUUGACAUUUUGGUUUCACAGAACCGGAUUCAGGUCUUAAUUAAAUUUUUAUCAAAUAUGUUACUGCAUUUUACCCUUGUAGUGUUGAUUCCUGCAUGGUUCGAAUAAGGUAUGUUGUAGCUUGGCUGGGAACAAAACCUGCCACAUCCAGUAGUCCUUUAGGACUGAAACCUGAGAAUUAACAUUCAACAGAAUGAACUGGGAACUUUUCACAUCCAACAGACAAACUCUCACCACACUGAACUGAACCCUGCGGCAGCCAAUGAUCUCGCCCCCCAUUGAGCUGACUGCUGACUGUCAUACCCGCUUCCCAGUCUGAUUCAUCAAGUUGCUGACUGUCAGAGCCAAUCGCACUCAUCGCUUUUUGUGUCAUCUCCAAUUAGAGCUCAGAUUUCUGCCACACUCUGCAGCGCUUUUAACAAAUAAGGGCAGGCUGUUCUUCUUUCUGUAAUUAGAAAACAUGUGUUUAUAAGUGUUCUCUCUGAUUAAUGUUCCACAAGGUAAUUGGUUGGCCUGAAUGAAAUGGCACUUGAUUAGUUGCUCCUGAAAUAGCAUUACAUGUAUUAAUUCAUGAGAGGAUUCUAUCAUCCAAUUCCAUGGGUAUUAAUUUAAUCUUUUCUUGUCACUUUUUGAUUAGGUUCACUAUUAAGAGCAAACAUACAACGUGCAUGUGCGUGAAACGUGCAUGACAGAAGCUUUGAUUGCUUUGACCACAAAUGUGUAGCCCCUUAUAGCUGUUUUAUUUAUUCAGUUUCAUUCAUCCCAAUCCUUUUUCGUGAUUUGAUGCAUCAGAAAUUCACAACUAAUGCUGACGGGAGCAAACUAUGUUUAUAUACAGUAAACAAUCUUUGCCUUUCUUUUGUCUGGCUGUCUUUGAACUUAAAAUAAAUGCAAUAUUUCUUCAAAUAAAGUGAAUAACAUUUGCUGGUAAAGGUUUUAAAAUAUGCUACAAAAAAAGAAACCAACAAGUUCCUUGUGAAGACCAUUAUGCAUAAACAUUGUGUAUGCACACACACACAGACACACGCAUACACACACACACUUACACAUUGGAGGAUUACUUUGCUAUUUUUGUUGCCAUUAUGUACAAAAAAAUAAUAAUUAAGCUUCCAGUUGAAGCAACAAUUAAAAUCCAUACAUUUAAGUGCUA